CAGCCGUUCCGUUUUGAGUCAGAUUUCAGCUCGGAUGAGGAAAACGAAGACGUUCAUGAAUCUAGUCGUCAGAAUGAAGCAAAUUGUAGCCAAUUGUCGGUUCUACACCACAACUACAAGCUUUUCCAACUGCCUUUUUACUCUCCCCCUACUACAAUUCAAACACUCAAAUUUUCUUCAAAUUUGAGAAAAAUCCCACAGUAAAAACACAUUUUUUAUCAGUGGAUCUCCAAUUGAAUCAAGUGUUGUGUGUGUUACAGUCAUGUUUCAGAUUCCACAUAGCUGUGAUCUGAUCUGGCCGCUGCUGGCUGGGGCGUGUCCCCCCUCCACAAAUGAAAAAACUACAGGUCCAUAUGCAUCCUUAUCUUUAGUGAUUUUGUCAUUUUUACCCUUAAAUUCCUAAAAAUGUUUACACGCAAGGCUGCAGUGGCAGUGAGCACAACCUCAAAGUAUUCAAAGUAGAAUGUUAGUUAAUAAAUGUGAUUGUUUCUGAUGUUGACACCAGGUUAGUGUGCACACAUGUGAUAUGGAUCUUGUGUAAAUAAAUUCUCUCUGCUGGUGUGAUAGUGCAGCAGGGGGAGGGAGUGGAAACUUAUCGCGCAGGAUGCAACCGUGCAAGAACAACAAAAAUAUAUCUGACGUGCACCUGUUAAAAAACUGUUCUAGACAUAAAAGCUGGUUUGUCUGACAUUUUAAACAUGAUUGUUUUGAUGUAACUUUAGGUUUUGUCUCAAGGAUGUUACAACUCUCACCCACAGAUCUGAGUUCUUCCCUUUGAUUAAAAUGACUGUUUUUCAUUUAUGAUGUUUCCCCUUCGUGAGAUAUGGUUAAACUAAAGCUCAUUUAUGGGUUUUUCAUACAUAAAAUUGGUAUUUUUGAAUUAUAAGAAAUAAUCUCUCAAUUUAUGAUAAAAAAAAUGGUUUUAAAGCUGUUAAAAAUGAGCUAAAUGUCAUCUUUGAAGACUCCAGAGAGAACCUCGAGGUAAAAUGUUGACUUAUGGCUCCCCCUGCUGGUGACUUCUUCAAAAGCGUGAAAUUCUGGUUGAAUUUAAUUGAGUUAAACACUGACUUUGAUUGAUUUAAAGUUCAUUUAUUUUAAAGAAGUUUGACUUUAGGUGUAGUGUAUGAGUGACAUCCUAUGCCUAGUGGGAACCUUCUGAGCUUGUUUUUCUACUUUUUAAAAGUAACUUCCUGUUCUAAAUAAUGACAAAUUUAUUUAGUUAGAACAUAAUCAAGACAAAAAAAAAAAGUAAAGAUGAAAUUUAGACUAAUAAAAAUCCACUCUUAUGCUUUAGUUUUGGGCUUUUUAAAUUCUGGGGAACGGUUAGUGAUUUUAAGUUAAUUUAGUAUUUAUUUACAUACGUUUAUUUUCAUUUUAGCAAUGUAUUACAGGUUAUAAUACCAAUAGAUUUAUUUUUCUGAUCUUUAUAGUAACCACAGAUAACUAUAACCAUAUAAUAUAUAUAUAGUAUAUAGUAUAAACUUUGAAUUUUGCUUUGCUGUAAAACAACCUAAAGAUCCUUAUAAACAAGUAAAACUGCAAAGCAAUAAAUUUACACGAUGAUUUUCCAAAAAACUGUGUAGACAUACUAAAGUUAGUUAGUUAAAACUAAAUAUUUUAGCUAGUUAUGAGCUGGAAAAAGAGGUACAUAGUAGCAAAAAUAGGUCAAAAACAACCUUAAAAAUGUUAUUUUAAUGCAGAGAAACACAAAAAAUGUUUAAAAAGAACAUCACAAUAUACAAAAAGGCCACCAAGAAAGCAUUUUUAUCUGAAAGAUAAGCCUUAAAACAAUAAAAUACACAAACAAGAACAGGUAAAAUGUAAUCACCACAAAGAUAAAAAAAAUAAAAUAAAAGAGAACAAAGUUGAUUAAAUAUGAGUUCAAAUGAAAUAAAGGGUAGAGUUCUUUCAUACAAUUAAACAAUGUCAUGCUAAAUGUUCACUUAAAAUUAAUUGAAUUUCUGAAGUUUUGUGAAAAGUUUUAACCAUCUGAUCCUUCUAAACUUUUAAAAAUAUAUAUUUUUAUUUUUUUAAGUAAAAUCUCUCUAAAGAAGCUGCUGUUUCCUCCCAUAUCUUAUAUAAAAAUCCUCUUGGCAGCGUGAAUCUUCAUCCUCUGGCUUGACAACAACUGUCAGUUUGCCCUCAGGCUGUCAUGAAAAACACAUGACUUUGAUUUUCUGUGCUGAGUGAGAGCAGCUGAAUGCAGAUGUCCAUUGAUUUACUGUCCUUAGACUGAGGCUGGGCGCUCCCUGCACCCUGUCUGUGGGCUCAAGAUUUAAAAUAUAUUACUGAUAAAUACAAAUUUAAUGGAAUUAUUAUUGUAAACUUUUUUUAGGUUGUGUCACAUUUCAAAUACAUGUUGGGACACGACUCUCUCUUAAGUGAAAUAAUAACACUCUCUUUUGCUUUAGCAGCACAACCACAGGAAUGUUCUCAAUUCUACCUUAAGGACAACAUUAGGAUUAAAAACUUAAAAUAAAACAAGUUAUAGAUCUGUUUUCCACUAAAAUCUGCAUUUCCUCCAGGGUGUGACCACACCUCCACCUCUCUCUGUGCAAAUAUCCUGCUUUGGUUUUUACAGUUGCUGUUUCUGUAUUUAUCUUCGAUGUUCUAAGCCAGUCCGUCCAGCCUGCUGGAUGUUGAUUUGUACGCCAUGGCGGUGACAUGUGGAAUGUUUCAUUAACUGGCCCCGGGGGCAUCAUGCUGCCUGUGCCUGUGCAUCGUGCCGCUCUUCUUCUUUUUUUUUUCCACUCCUGCCUUCCCUCUUUCGCACACUCAUUCUCUCUGUGGUGUUAUUUGGAGUUUGUCCGUCUGUGGACAGACCAGCUGGAUGGGUAAAGGAGGUGGACGCACGGUACUCCUCUCCUCUCCAUGGCCUGCCGACCCGCCACUUCCUACUCUGUGGUGAUCAUCCCACUCAAGACCAGCCUCCACAGCCUGGACGCCCUCCGUUUCUACCUAUGGAUUAGAAGGUUAAAGGAUCUAGAAAAGGAGAAGGACGCUCUCUGGUCUGGUCUGGAGAUCCUGGAGAAGGCGCGGCUCUGGUACCUGGACCAGCUCAAACAGAACAGGGCCCGGCAGAAUCUGGAGUGCUGGAACGGGUCUGGUAUGUCUCAAAGAGGUGAAGACGAGGCUCGCUCCUGCCUCCUCCGGUCCCGCAUCCAGCGGGCGAACGGACGCCUCGGCUCCGUCAUGAGUGAACCCAACGUCAUCAGCAACAGCAACCCCUCCAUUCCUGAGGCAGUAGCAGACAGUGACCUCCGGUGGCGGAACACAGUAUUAACCCAGGAAGUGACGGAUAAGAAUCGGCAGAUCUCCUUACUGGAGUUGGAAAAGGAUACUCUGCUGGAAGAGCUGCAGGCCUGCUGACUUUCCACGCAUACUCAUGUGUGCUGCACUAUAUUUAAUGUUUUGUAAAUAUCUAUUUAUAUCAACUCAGUAAAAGGUGCACCAUUAACUUAUUUAAGUCUGUUGUUUGAUCUUUACUAAAUUUGCUCACACCUAGUACCCGGUGAAAAUUAGUUUUGUAUGUUAUGUAAAAAGAAAGCUUUUCUUUUCUUUACAAAUUCUACCUACGUGCACCAGCCUAAGUCUGCAACCUCAUUUAAAGUUUCGUUGACCUUUGACCUCAGUAAGGAACUGUCUUCUUGAAUCUUUAAAAAAAAAGUAGGGAUCAGGUUUUUUUGGGCCCGAUCCGAUUCAGAGUCAUUUGAUUUUGUGGA